UCAUGCACGUGAUGCUUGGCAAUGGUGGGUGUUGAUGAUCUGACUCUACUGUUGAUGGUCCUGUCCUGGUGAACAACAUCUUCGCCAGCAGUGAGAUGGGCAGCAAUGAAGCGCUCAAGACAGCCAAAAGUGUCGACAGCACAAUGCCCAUGACUUCUGUUGAAGACAUCUUUGAGAAGUACAUCCCUGACAAAGAGCGUGAGCAAGUUAUGAUGGCGCUUUACGGCAAGGGGAGGUACGCCAUUCACAGUGCGGAGUGACAAGAUGAAGUCAUCAUUCAUAAAUUGCUUUGCGUGUUCACAAUGUGGCCCUUCCCAUACCAGGUGAAGUGGAGGAAUUGGCUGAUGCCAACAAUUUUGAGGUCAAGCUUGCGUCGAUAGUCAACCUGACUGUGCAGGAGGAGGUGAGGUAAAUGGUGACUGUCUGAUUAUACACAUGUGAACCAACGUGGUCGUUGUUGUGAUAUUCAGCUUCGUGCACCACACAUUGUGAGGAUAGCAAGCCUUAUGGUCUCUGAAAAUCCAAAUCGGAGACAGCAAAAGGCCGAUCAGUCUCUGCUUGAAGAUCGGAAAAAUCACCAAGAAGCGAUUGCACAGAUGAGCGAGCCUCUGCGAUGGAGUCUUUCGUGCCUUUGCUAUAACAGAAGUGGUCGUAGUGGUUAAGCCGAAGAUUGUUUGUGUCAAUGCUAUAAUAAAAUAGAGGAAUGCCACGCAAGCUAAUUUCUAAAGGUCGAAAAUGUAGGAGAAGGGGGUCGUUUCAAUGGACUUGACAGCUUGUGUUGGCCGAAUUCGAUGUUUGUGUCAAUGCUAUAAUAGAAUAGAGGAAUGCCACGCGAGCUAAUUUUUAAAGGUCGAAAAUGUAGGAGAAGGGGGUCGUUUCAAUGGACUUGACAGCUUGUGUUGGCCGAAUUCGAUGUCGUAUGCGUUGAUAGUUCAUAUCGGUGUUCUCAUUCCCAUGCAUGUCCCCAUGGCCCAUACUGAUGUCUCCCCUUGUUCCCUCCGUCCCUUUCGUCUUCAUGGUAGCCUACCUUACGCACAUUCAUGCACUGCAUGCACGACGUCAGAAAUGCAUGUGUGAACGAAGAACUGCAGCC